GUUUUUUUUUGAAGGAAUGGCCGAUGUUGCACGAUCACACGGGGGGACGGUGGGAACGAACGUCCUAAUCGGAAUUCAAAACGGAUCCGGACAGGUUGCGAGUCAUCACAAUCUAAGAAAACACGUGGAAAGGCGAACAACAAAAAAUUAUAUAUUAAAUUUAGAAACAACAAAAAUCAGCCACUACCCGUUGAGAUUAGUAUAAGGGGGGGUCAGUAUAAAUUUGUCGGAGAUAAUGCCCAGGAUAUUAUACGGAUGAUAUCAAAUGAAGUUGCAAGGGUUGCUCCUUUUUAUCACCGUACUUGGCAGCGUGUUCCAGAUGAAACAAAAAGAGAUAUAUAUACCACAAUUUAUCAAUAUUUUGAUCUUGUUUCGUUUGAAGACACAAGUGAGUGGCCAGGUGUACAGCUCGGAAUUCAGGCCGAGUGUCAAAGAAGCUACUCGACACGGAAAUCGAAAUAUAAGUCACAUUAUGAUACAUAUGAAGAUGUUGAAACUGCAAAGAAUAAUCCGCCGGACGACUUUGCAUCUGAACCAGAAAGGUGGAUUGAGAUUAUUGAUCGGUUGUACCAAGAUCCGAGAUAUAUAAACCAAUGUGAAAAAAACAGACAAAAUAGAACAAAAUUGCGCUAUACAAGUUAUCAUGGAACUCAGUCAUAUGCGCAAAAACGACAUAUGCGGCUGCCCGGGCACACAAAUCCUAUUGAAGGUUUUAAAUCAUCCCACAGGAAAGAAGACACGGGAUGGGUAAACGAGACCGCAUCAUUGGACCAUGAAAAGAUUCUAGCAGAAGCUCGAAGGAUGGAACGUGAUGUUGGUGAUUUAUCACCAAAUGAUCAAAUUGAAUGUAUGAAAAACGCUCUAGGGGAAAGGCAUGGUCAUAUAAAAGGUGUUGGACAUGUGGUGAGAAAGCCAACCCCGGAGGUGUCCUCAGGUAGACAACUCACCCCACGAGAAUAUUGGCAACAAAAUGUUGGUAAUGUAAUUGAAGAAAAUAUUGCAAAACGAGUGGAAGAACAAGUACAAAGAAAUGAACAAGAGUUUCAUAGACGAGUUGAAGAGCAAGUUCAAAGACAAGUUAACCAACAAUUGGCACAAUUGCAAGAAGAGAUGCGGCAACAAUUUAACCAACAAUUGGAAAAAAUUACAAGUACUUUUAAAAGAAAGGAGCAAGUUAUAAAUAGACAAUUUCGACUUCUACCUGGUAAUCGUGGUGAUAGUAGUGGUAGGCGUGAUUAUAGGGGUGAUAGUAGUGGUAGUCGUGAUGGUAGUGGUAGUCGUGAUGGUAGUGGUGAUGAUGAAGAUGAUGGUUAGCUACUUAGUUUAGUUUGUGUUAUGUUGGUAUGUGAUUUAGAUUACUUUGUUUUGU